AUGCCUAGGGAUAGAUUUAAAGAAAUCAUAAAAUAUUUACGAUUCGAUGUGAGAUCAGAACGCUCUACGAGAAUUAUAACAGAUAAAUUUGCGUUGAUUUCUCAAGUACGGAAUAGCUUUAUUGACAACUGCAUUUCGUGCUACAAACCGGGAGAAAAUGUAACAAUAGAUGAACAGUUGUUUGCUACAAAAGUUCGAUGCCCUUUUAUCCAGUAUAUGGCUAAUUAA